CAAAUGAGGAAGAUGAAGAAGAGGGUUUUGGUAGGAUUGGCUUCUUUGUGCUUUUGUUUUAUUGUAUUCCAUAUCAGUGUCUCAUUAACCUCCAGAUUUCCUCAUAGUGCAGCAUUUUCAGUAGAGACUCGAGAAAUAACACGUGAGAUAUUGGAAAUUCAUGAACAAAUCCAUCACCCUGCACAGAAAAGUCCGAUCAGUUGCGACCGUACCUGUAAACAUUACGAUAUCUGCUCGAUCAACGGCCCAACAGGCUUGGAUCCAACCACAUCCACAUUCUUCACUAUGGACUCAUCCCAACUUGCACCCCUGGAAGUGGAAAGAAUCCGACCUUACCCUCGAAAAUUCGAAGAUUUCAUAAUGGCCCAGAUCAAGGACCUCACACUCGCUGUUGGCCCACGAAGCCCACCGUGUAAAGUCCAACACAAUGCUCCGGCCCUAGUAUUCGCCGCCGGUGGAUACACCGGAAACUUUUGGCAUGACUUCAAUGAUGGAUUUAUCCCGCUCUUUAUCACCGCCAACACACUCUUCCCAGAUCAAGACUUCGUGAUCGUGGUUUCCCAAGCUCCAAAGUGGUGGAUUUAUAAGUAUGCCGAUUUACUACGCAUAUUCACCAAGCACCCUAUUAUUACCAUGGGAAAUGAUGCCACCACCCAUUGUUUUCCUUCUGCCAGUCUAGGCCUUAUAUCACAUGGUUUCAUGACUAUAAACCAAACACUAAUACCUCGUGCAAAAACGUUUCUGCAUUUUCGUGGGCUCCUAGACAACGCAUAUAAGCGAAGGUCCCAACCUCAAAUUCUCUCCUCUGAGCAGACAAAACCCCGGCCACGCCUUGUUUUGGCGAGCCGGAAUCAUGCAACUGGACGCAGGAUCGUUAACCAGGUUCAAGUAGUUCGUUUGGUAAAGAAAGUGGGGUUUGAUGUGAUUGUGUUUGAGCCCAAGGCCAAUAACUCAUUGCAUGAGUCUUAUGCGUUACUUAAUUCAAGCCAUGCUUUUGUUGGGGUACAUGGCGCUGCACUUACACACUCAUUGUUCCUCCGGCCGGGUUCAGUGUUCGUACAGGUGGUGCCGAUUGGGGUGGACUGGGCGGCGAAUGCGUGUUUCGGGAGAGUGGCGAAGGGGCUGAGGUUGGAGUAUUUUGAGUACAAGAUCGGAGUGAAAGAGAGUAGCUUGGUGGACAAGUAUGGUAAUGAUAGUUUGGUGGUAAAAGAUCCAUUUGGUCUUCAGAAAAUGGGGUGGCGUGCUGAGGUUAUGGACAUUUACUUGAAGGAGCAGAAUGUGAAGCUGGAUUUGGUUAGGUUCAAGGGGUAUUUGAAGCAAGCGUUUAAGAAGGCUAAGAAAUUUAUGGACAACAAUGGUUAGACUUGGUGGCAUUUCAUUGGAACAACAUAAGCACCAAUAAGAAUUAGAGGGACAAUAUAUUGCUUACGAUUGAGGAACUUGAUUUGCAGAGAGUAUUGAGCUUACAAUUGAUUUCUUUUAGUUUCGGCGUUCGAUUUUUUUUAGAAAGAAAUGUGGAUUUCAUUAAAACACAUGUUAAAAUAGUCAUUAUAUAUCC